GGAGCGGGACCGGCACCGACACCGGGACCGCGGCGGGGGAAUCGGGGAGCGACACCGGGAUCGCGGCCGGGAUCGGGAUCGGGGAGCGGCACCGGGGGCGGCGGCGGCGCCUGACGGGGGAGCGGCGGCUCCGCAGGCGCGGCCUGAGGCGCUGGGCCCAGCGCUCCCGCUCGCUCCGGGCGGCCUCAGCGGCCCCGGCGGCCUCAGCCCGGUCCCCGCUCGCUCCGCGCCCAGCCCCGGCCUGCCCGAAGCGCGGCCAAGAUGUCUCGGCCCGUCAGGAACAGGAAGGUGGUGGAUUACUCCCAGUUUCAGGAAUCAGAUGAUGCUGAUGAUGAUUAUGGAAGAGAUUCAGGGCCCCCAUCCAAGAAAAUCCGCUCGUCUCCCCGAGAGGCCAAAAACAAGAGGAGAUCUGGCAAGAACUCUCAGGAGGACAGUGAGGAUUCAGAAGACAAAGAUGUGAAGCCCAAGAAGGAUGAUUCACACUCAGCAGAUGAAGAUUUUGGCAGUGAAGACGACGACGUAGGAGCUGACGACGGCAAAGCCGACAGCGACUACGAGAGCUCUCAAAAAAGCAAAAAAGGAAAGAAAGCUAAACCAGACAAGAACAAGAGAGCAGCCUCCAAAUCCAGGAAAAGGCCUGCAGAGGACAGCGAGGAUGAGAAGGAAGAUCACAAAAACGUUCGUCAGCAGCGGCAGGCAGCGUCCAAAGCAGCCUCCAAACAGAGGGAGAUGCUCAUGGAUGAUGUGGGCAGUGAGGAGGAGGAGCAGGAGGAUGAUGAGGCACAGUUCCAGGAGACAGAUUCAGGAAGUGAUGAAGACUUCCUCAUGGAAGAUGAUGAUGACAGUGACUAUGGCAGUUCAAAAAAGAAAAAUAAGAAGGUCUCCAAGAAAUCCAAGCCAGAGAGGAAAGAAAAGAAAAUGCCCAAGCCCAGGCUAAAGGCUACAGUGACCCCCAGCCCAGUGAAAGGCAAAGGGAAGGCAGGUCGCCCCACAGCUUCCAAGGCAACAAAAGAAAAGACCCCAUCCCCCAAAGAAGAGGAUGAAGAGCCUGAAAGUCCCCCAGAAAAGAAAAAAUCAGCCAGCCCUCCACCAGAAAAAUCAGGGGAUGAGGGGUCUGAAGAUGAAGCACCCUCUGGUGAAGAUUAAAAUGGCAGUUGAGGAAAAAAAUCUUUGUUUUAAAAAAAAAAAAAGAGGAAAAAAAAAAAAGAAAAAGGAAAAGAAAACAAUACUUAGGGGUAGAACACGGUUUUGGCUGUGGCUUGACUCAUGGGCUUUGAAUGCUGUCUUUACUUUCAGCUGUUUAAUACAGUGUAUUCUUUUUUAAUGAGAGGAAACCCUUCUACAGUCAGAUUUUGAUGUUCUCUGUUGGCCAUUCCGUUCUCCCUCCCCUGCCAAAUCUGAAAAGCCAUUUGAGACAAAAAUGACCAGACCAUUCAAUAUUUUAUUUUAUUUUUCAAGGGAUACUGCAGUUGUGAAGCAAUAAGGUUUGAGACUGAUCAGUGGAAACCAUAUUUACAAAUCCUUAAGUAGAAUAGAUUUUUUCCCAGUGCUGGUAAGAGCUGUUUAAAACUAUUAUUUGGAAUAUAUGGGGAAAAAAAAAAUAAUGUUUUGACAGACUUUGAGAUGAGUUCAGUCUCAGCAGAAUUGUAGUUG